CUGCAGUGCUGGUAGUAUAGGACCAUGGAGCGGAGCAAUUCACUAUGAAGGUGGUAGAUCUUCUAAACGAAGUUUAGGAGUUUACUAGGGACUGUGAAUGGUGAAAGUGAUGAUGAAGCGCAUCGCCAUUGUUGUCUAUUUUCUGCAGUGUAUGAAUGAGUAGAGCCUAGUUGAGGCAGUUGCGGUAUUUUUGAAACACCAGACUGAAAUUCUGUAUCGUGAAAAGAAACCCAUAAAAUGACGGCGACAGAGGAUGAUUCAAUACCAAAUGAGGAGAUCACAGAUCCUGGAAGUCGGCAGGAAGAUCUGACAGAACAGAAAUCAGAUACUCAAAUAGGGAAUGGAGACACGUUGUUUCAUGAAAACAAUGAACAAGCUGACACCGCUGCCAUUGAUGAAGAAGCAAUUGAACUAAAGACAGAACAACAAGAGGAAACUGCAAACAAGGAAGACAGCGUCCAAGUUAAAACCAGAAAUGUCACCUCCUUGCAACUUUUCCGUUUUGCUGGUCCCUUUGAGGUACUCCUCUUAAUCUUUGCCUUCAUCCUGGCUAUCACCCAAGGAGUGUCGUUACCUCUAGUCCUAUUCUUCUUUGGGAAAGUGACCGAUGCUUUUAUCGACCAAGGCAAAAACUAUGGAAGUGCAACAAACCUUACUGUACCAAUGAUGACCACUCCAAAUACCCCAACAACUAGCCCCACCGAUACUAUCACAGAGUAUUCAAUUUACUACGCUAUCUUAGGUGUUAUCAUUAUGAUUAUUGCCUACCUACAAAAUAUGUUAUGGAACACCGCUGCCGAACGACAAAUCCACAAGAUCCGUCUACAAUUUUUCCGGGCGAUUCUUCGCCAAGAAAUAGCUUGGUUUGACACCCAUAAAGCUGGGGAGCUCACUUCAAGAUCAUCAGAUGAUAUUGACAAGAUCCGCGCUGGAUUUGGUGACAAGCUUGGACUAAUCUUACAGUACUUGGGCACCUGUUGUGGUGGAAUCGCCCUGGGUUUCUCCAAGUCUUGGAAAUUAACUUUGGUUAUCCUGUGUGUAGCAUUCCUUAUCAUGCUUCCUUCUAUUGCGAUUGGUGCUAGGCUGAUUCGUAAGAUGACCACAAGUGCCUUAGAUGCUUAUGCUAAGGCAGGAGCAGUUGCCGAGGAAGUCCUCUCAUCAGUCAGAACAGUAACAGCUUUUGGAGGAGAACAUAAGGAAGUAGAAAGGUACACAGAGAAUUUGUACGGUGCGAAGAAGGAGUCGAUAAAGAAGGACACUCUGCAGGCAAUCUUAAUUGGAGUUUUCUACUUCAACUUCUAUGGAACUUAUGCCCUUGCUUUCUGGUACGGUUCAACCUUAUAUUUAUCGGGUGAGCUCAGCCCAGGAGAUAUUAUUGUGACGUUUCUUGGGAUCUUAUUCGGAGCGUUCUCACUUGGUCAAGCAACUCCUUACAUCACUGAUUUCAUCACGGCUAGAGGAGCAGCUAGUACCAUCUGGGAGAUUAUCGACCAGAUUCCUGAUAUUGAUAAUUCAUCUGAACUUGGUCUGAAACCAGAAACAUUAACGGGAGAUAUUUCUUUCACCAAUGUCCAUUUCUGCUACCCUUCAAGACCAGAAGUUAAGGUGUUGAAUGGUUUGACCUUAGAGGUCAAGCAAGGUCAGACAGUUGCAUUGGUUGGUAGUAGCGGAUGUGGUAAGAGUACCACAGUACAACUCGCCCAGCGCUUCUAUGAUCCAUUGUCUGGAUCGGUCAAACUAGAUGGGAAUGACUUGCGUGACAUCAAUGUAAGGUGGCUGAGAGAGAACAUUGGAGUGGUCAGCCAAGAACCUGUCCUCUUUGCAACCACCAUUGCUGAGAAUAUCCGCUACGGUCGUGUGGAUGCAACAGAUGAAGAGAUAAAAGCAGCUGCAAAGGAGGCUAAUGCUCAUGACUUCAUAUCUGCCUUACCAGACGGAUAUGAGACGCUUGUUGGUGACCGAGGGGCUCAGCUGUCUGGUGGUCAGAAGCAACGUGUCGCCAUAGCGAGGGCGCUAGUUCGUAAUCCAAAGAUCCUCUUGUUGGAUGAAGCUACAUCAGCUCUUGAUACUGAGAGUGAGGCUACUGUCCAAGCAGCCCUUGAUAAGGUCCAGGCUGGCCGUACAACUAUCGUCAUCGCCCAUCGUCUCUCAACAAUUCAAAAUGCAGACGUCAUCUGUAGCUUCAAAGACGGCAACAUCUUUGAGAAAGGUUCUCAUGAAGUCUUGAUGCAAGAUAAGAAUGGUUUGUACUUUGGUUUAGUCCAACUCCAGAGUCGUAAGGAAGAGAAGACUAAGGAGGAGGCAGAGGUGAAGGAAGAGGAAUAUGAAGAUGAGGAUGAAGAAGAAAAUGAAGAAAAAGACUUGGAUGUUGAGGAGGAGUUCGUCCCAAUGGCAGGAUCAGUUGAAGCUCAGAAAGCAGAGAAGGAACCGUUGUCAUCAUCUCGUCAUCGGAAUAUUUCUGGCUCUAGUGACAAACAAACUCCAGAACUGAAUCGUGUAGUGUCUACAGUAUCGGAUACACCUGAGACACAGGAGGAUGAGGAAGAUGUCUUGAAGAAUUUUAGUUUUACUCGAGUGAUGAAGAUGAAUUCUCCUGAGCUCCUCUACAUGAUCAUUGGUGUUAUCUGCUCAGCUUUCAAUGGAGGAGUGCAACCGGCUUUCUCUAUCAUCUUCAGUCGCAUCCUUGGGACAUUUGCUCUUCCAUUGGAAGAAGUCCAAGCCCAAGUUGUCCUCUACUGUCUUCUACUCUUUGGAAUUGGUGUUAUAGCUCUCAUCUCAAACACCUUAGGGGGAGCGAGUCUUGGUAAAUCUGGCGGUGAGCUUACAAUGCGUGUACGAAGGAUAGCAUUCAAAGCCAUGCUAAGACAGGACAUUGCGUACUUUGAUGAUCAUAAAAAUAGCAGUGGUGCUUUGACUACAAGAUUAUCAACGGAAGCCUCCUUGAUCUCGGGGGUGACUGGUAGUCAGUUUGGUUUCAUUGUUCAAGCUUUCUCCAACAUCGGUGUUGCUAUCAUCAUUGCGUUUAUCUUCGGUUGGCAGUUGACGUUACUCGUCUUAGCGUUCCUGCCUCUGAUAGCAUUCUCAGGCUUGAUGCAGAUGAAGCAACAAAGAUCCUUUGCAGCACAACAACAGUCAAGCAAAGAGAGCAUUGGGAAGAUCGUCACAGAAACUAUUGUGAAUAUUCGCACCGUUGCAAACUUGACAGUAGAGCCAACCUUCUACAACCAGUAUUUGGAAUUCCUGAACAAACCUUACAAGAACAGUCUUAAAGAUGCUCAUCUUUCCGGCAUUACAUACGCAGUUUCUCAAAGUGUCAUCUUCUUCUGCUACGCCGCAUCGUUUCGUCUUGGCGGAUGGCUCGUCGAAAAUGACAAAAUGGAAUUUCAAAACAUCUUUCUGGUCUUUUCAGCCAUUGUGUUUGGUGGUUUUGGUCUAGGUCGUGCCAUGGCCUCGGCACCAGACUACUCCAAAGCUAAGACUGCUGCAGCUCAUGUGUUCCAGUUAGUAGAUAGAGAACCACCCAUCGACAGCUACAGUGAUAAAGGAGUCCAGCUUGAACAUUUUUCUCCAGAGAUAUCCUUUGACAAGGUGCGUUACCGAUACCCAACUCGUCCCGAUGUACCAGUUCUACGAGGUCUGACUGUCUCUGUGAAGCCAGGAGAAACAUUGGCGUUAGUUGGAAGCAGCGGUUGUGGGAAGAGCACGUCCGUUUCACUGAUAGAGAGGUUUUAUAACCCAAUGUCAGGACAAGUGAGUUUGGACAACCAUGAGAUAAAGAUUCUGAACCUUGGCUGGUUUCGAUCUCAAAUUGGUUUAGUCUCCCAGGAACCAAUUCUCUUUGAUCGUACUGUGGCUGAUAAUAUUGCAUACGGUGACAACUCUAGAAAAGUAUCUAUGGAAGAGGUGAUUGAUGCAGCCAAGAAAGCCAACAUCCAUGACUUUAUUGCUUCAUUACCUGAGGGUUAUGAGACAAGAGUAGGAGACAAGGGUACCCAGCUGUCUGGUGGUCAGAAGCAGCGAGUGGCCAUCGCGAGGGCGCUUGUCCGUAACCCUAAGAUCCUCCUUUUGGAUGAGGCUACGUCUGCGUUGGACUCAGAAAGUGAAAGAGUUGUACAAGAAGCCUUAGACGAGGCCAAGAAGGGUCGUACCUGCAUCACUAUUGCCCACCGUCUCUCCACUAUCCACGAUGCUGAGAAGAUUGCCGUCAUCCGCCAUGGCAAAGUAGCCGAGUUUGGCAAGCAUGAAGAGCUCAUGCAACUGAAGGGACAGUACUACAGAUUGUACACAGCGCAAGACCUUCAGAACUAAUCAGGCUAUUAGGUAUGAGUAUUUAUCUACGCAGCUUUGUUCAAAAUUGUUUGAUGUUUGAAACAGCGUAUCAGGUUUUUAAAACAAAGUCAACACAAAUAUGGAAAAUACAAAAAUGUUGUAUCCAUCCAGCCUCAUUGUAGUUCCUGUUAGUUAAAUAGGAAAACAUCAAAAUGGCAUCCUGGCGAAUAUCCAUUGUUAUAGCUUUUUGAAAACAUUUUAAAGGCCAAAUAAUUAUGCCUGUCAUUUUUGAAAUGUCAACCAGUACACCAACUUUCUAUAUUUUGUAGGAAAUUGUUUUCCCUUUCUGUGUGUGUUGCAAUAUCAUCUUAUUUAAGAUGAAACAAAAAUCGGAAACGGUAAGUAAAGUAAGAAGAACAUAAUUCCUGCUUCAGGAGAAGUUGUGUUUGGGGAUUUUCCUUUCAAGGAACUUUUAAAAAUCUAGACAAAAAUGUUUUAAUAUUUGAAAUGUGUUUAUCUUAUCUACAAAUGCUCAUCUUUAGUCAAAAUAUGUUGUUUGUGUUCCAAGGACAGUUUGUAAUUUGACCAAAAAGUAAAGUUUUGAAAAGGCUCAUCUUUAGACGAAAGCAUUUUGUGGUGUCUUUCCAAGGUUAAUUGGUAAUUUGCGGAAAAAUGUGUGUACAUUUUGAAACUCGUGUCUUUUCUGUAAAUCACAUUUUCUUUGUAUGUAACAGCUUUUAUGUAAUGUAAUGGCUUGUGUGUGAGGACAUUUUAAAAUUUUAAAGUAAACUUGUGAUAUUUUGAAACAUGUAUCUGUUUCAUACUGUUGGUUUUGGGGGUCACUAAUAUGCGGUUUGUCCUUUGUAAAUUUGACCAAAACCUUAUUCAGGGUUUAGGUUUUGAAACGCAAUUUUCUUUUUCGUUAAUGCUGUUUUCUUUUAUCAGAAAUGGUGAUUCUACCUCAACAGCAAAUGUAUAUUGAAUAUUUAUUAAAAAGUAUAAACUUUUUGUUGCAUAAAUUUCCAUGAAUUUACGUUUUUAAUAUAAAUGUAUACAUAUUAUUUGUAAAUUCAUUAUAUCAAUGUAAGUUUUUCUUCUUGUUCUCUAACUGUUCCGGUUCUUGGUUUGAUUGUCAGCAUAUUGCGCCACAUCACCUUGUAAACCAUUCCAUGGAGUUAGGUAAAAAGAAUAGAUUUCACAAUUCAAAACGUAGUCCCACAUGUAUGUACAUGUACCUUGCGCAAGCUUGUAGGAAAUACUGAAUGUUAAAGAUGCUAUGUCAGAUUUUGGGCCCCAAACAUUGAGUGAAUGGUAUUUCAAAGAGUAUCUUCUCUGACGAAAAUGUCAUUCCCUUCAAUGAAAAAAAAAAAUAAAAUAGAUAAAAUUAGAAAGCUACUUUUGACCAAUCAGAGCACG